GCGUGGCCGGGCGACGAGACCUUAGCGGCGAGAGACUGACGGCGGGGGCGCACCACGCAGCGCCAUGGAGUCCGGCGGCAAGCAGAUGACGGCUCGGCUGAUGCUGGCUGUGGGAGGAGCAGUCCUAGGAUCCUUGCAGUUCGGUUACAACACUGGAGUCAUCAACGCCCCUCAGGAGGUGAUUGAAAGCUUUUACAAUCUGACGUGGUAUGACCGCUACGGGGAAUACAUCAGCCCUGGCACCCUCACCACUCUGUGGUCCCUCUCGGUGUCCAUAUUCUCCAUCGGAGGGAUGUUUGGAGCCUUCUCGGUUGGGCUGUUUGUCAACCGCUUUGGACGGCGGAACUCUAUGUUGAUGUCCAACAGCCUUGCCUUCCUUGCUGCUGCACUCAUGGGUUUCUCCAAGAUGGCCAGCUCCUUCGAAAUGUUGAUCCUCGGCCGCUUCGUAAUUGGGCUGUAUUCUGGUCUCACCACAGGCUUUGUGCCCAUGUAUGUGGGCGAGGUGUCCCCCACGGCCCUUCGAGGGGCUCUGGGGACACUUCAUCAGCUUGCCGUCGUCAUCGGGAUCCUCAUAGCACAGGUCUUUGGCAUGGACCUGAUAAUGGGGAGCGAGUCGCUGUGGCCGCUCUUGCUGGGCUUCAUCUUCGUCCCUGCUUUGAUCCAAUGUGCCCUGCUGCCCUUUGCCCCGGAGAGUCCUCGCUUCCUCCUCAUCAAUCGCAAUGAGGAGAACAAAGCAAAGAGCGUUCUGAAGAAGCUCCGAGGGACGACUGACGUCAGCAGCGACCUCCAGGAAAUGAAGGAGGAAAGCCGCCAAAUGAUGCGGGAGAAGAAAGUGACCAUCCUGGAGCUCUUCCGCUCCCCCAUGUACCGGCAGCCCAUCCUUAUCGCCAUUGUCCUACAGCUGUCCCAGCAGCUCUCAGGAAUCAAUGCUGUCUUCUACUAUUCCACAAAAAUCUUUUCAAAAGCCGGGGUGAAGCAGCCCGUCUACGCUACCAUAGGUGCUGGGGUUGUAAACACAGCCUUCACAGUUGUUUCCCUGUUUGUAGUGGAACGGGCUGGACGAAGGACGCUGCAUCUCAUUGGCCUGGCUGGGAUGGCAGGCUGCGCGAUCCUCAUGACGAUUGCUUUGGCCCUCCUGGAACAAUUGGACUGGAUGUCCUACAUCAGUAUUAUCGCCGUCUUCGGCUUUGUGGCGUUUUUCGAGAUCGGCCCAGGCCCCAUUCCGUGGUUCAUCGUGGCAGAAUUGUUCAGCCAAGGCCCGCGCCCGUCUGCCUUCGCUGUUGCCGGCCUGGCAAACUGGACAUCGAACUUCAUUGUGGGGAUGGGCUUUCAAUAUGUCGAGGAGCUUUGCAAAGCUUACGUCUUCAUCAUCUUCAUGGUGCUGCUCAUCCUCUUCUUCGUCUUCACCUACUUCAAGGUGCCCGAGACGAAGGGCCGAACCUUUGAUGAGAUCGCCUCCGCGUUCCGCCAGGGGAGUGCCGGACAGGCUGACAAUAAGACGCCGGACGAGUUCCACAGUCUGGGAGCCGACUCCCAAGUCUAAGCCACAAAAGACCUUGGGUUCCUCCUUUGCUUCAUUCUUCUUUUCCUGUCUGUUCUCGACGCUUGUAACAGAAGCCAGGUCCAAGGCGAAAGAGACGCCUGAGCCCUACCCCGUCUCCGGGGCUGCUGCCUGGUUUCUGGGUGAUGAACUGACACCAUUCAGUAGGAACGGUUAGCUGGUUUCAUGUCCAGGAUUUCAAUGCCAACACAUUCAGAAGCAACGGCUUCCCGUUCAGGCUGAGCCGCCUCUUCUUGGGGGGCAGCUCUUCUCUCCCCAGCCCCGUUUUAAGGGGGGGAA